GCGCCUAGCUUGAAUCCUAUAUACAGGUAUUAAGAAAAAAAACUAACACGCGUAUAAAAGCCGAAAUCAUAACUUCAAAUUCUAAUUUCACCGCAACUUGAGUCUAUGUAUGGGUUUAUUUGCUAUUACAAAAUCAAAUCCAAAUCAGCAGCAGGUGAACCAGCAAAUGGCCAUGUUCUUUGUCUACAUACUGAGCUAGAAGUGUAAAUGCCUUCUCGACAUUUAAGAUCCUAUAUCUAUCAAAGAUUUCUGUUUGUUAAGGGAACUCAGGAAAAUUUUGUCUUCUUGAAAUGACAGUGUCAUAAUUGAUAAAUCCAAUAAAGAUUUCCACAUGACCAAUUAAAAGUUACAUUAGACAUCACACCAACCAGCAUCAGUCCUUGAACAUCACGCGUAGCUACAAAGUGCACAAACAGUGACAUCCAACUUCAUUUGUGUUCUUUAAAACACGAGAUAUAUCAAUUUCAUUAGAUUGAGAAGGAAAGAAAGAUAUAGGACAUGAUGGACAAUUCCUUUUGGUCAGACUAUUGGCCUCAAAUUGCUGAUCUCAAUCAAGAUUCACUUUUUUCACUCCCACAAGUUCCUAAUAUUACCUCCUUCCAUCUUCAAAAUUACCCUGAAUCCUUCCAAGGGGGAACUGCAAGUGCUUCUAGGAGCCACAGUGAAGCUGAAAAAAGGCGCAGAGACAGAAUUAAUGCUCAGCUUUCUACUCUCAGAAAACUCAUUCCCACUUCUGAAAAGCAGAUGGAUAAGGCAGCUCUAUUAGGAAGUGUAGUUGAUCAUGUUAAGGAUCUGAAAGGAAAAACAACAGAAAUCAGCAAAGUGUUGAACACUCCAACAGACAUUGAUGAAGUAAUAAUUGAGCAUUUAAAUGAGGAAGAAAACAAAGGGCCCGCAAGCACGAGCACAAGCAAGAGGAAGGAUAAUAGUGUGAUUCUUAAGGCCUCUUUUUGUUGCGAUGAUCGGCCUGAAUUAUUCUCAGAGCUACAGCGGGGGAUUAAGAACCUGAAACUAACAAUUAUAGAGGCUGAUAUAACUACUUUGGGUGGCAGAAUUAAGGGUAUUUUUCUGCUUUGUCACAGUGACAACUUUGCAAAAGAUGUUUGCAUGAAUUCUCUCAAACAGUCUCUCAGAGUAGUCCUCUCUAGAAUUGCUAUAUUCCCCUCUACAUCCCACUAUAGAACUAAAAGCAAGAGGCAGAGGUUCUUCUUGCCGCCUCAGGUUUCUUAAUUUCCUACUUUAUGAGUGUAACUUUUAUACUAUCAGGUUACUUUUUAACAUAACUGUAGGUGAUAACUCGGAAUAAGUGGAACUAGUUACCUUAAAAAUGAGAGUUUAAGUUUUGUACACAGUCAAUGUAAGCAUUUAUUACACUAUCAGUUCAUCCAAAAAAAUCUACAGGUAUGUUUCUUAAAAUGUGGGAUUUGAAAUAUUAAAAGUAAAAUAUGUUACCUGUUACAACAGAUAAAGAUGACAUGAUCACGAUGUAAAAAUUAUUUACAUUGCCGUAAUAUUAAUUAAACUCUAAAAAUUAUAAGGUGGAUAACUUGCUACAAACAUGUUAAAUUACACCGUCUUUGCACUGUCUAUGUAUAGAGUUAAAUUCUUUUUAUUUAGUAAUAAAAAUCUAUAGCCCAAAUUUUAUGGCCCCUGGUUCUGCAUGUUCUUUGCUGGGGAAAGUAUCAUGUCAUUUGGCAUGAACAGAAUCUUAUUGGCAAGUGAAAAGUCUCUUGAAUUGACAUAGAUUUUCAAUGCGAUUUUGGACCCUGGUGUUGCUGUGCUUCAGUGUUUCUUUCCACCUGAUGUGACUUGUUUUGCUAUUAUGCAAAAUAAUGACCAAUUAUUCAUGGGUUUGCAAGGAAAGACAUAAUAAAUUAAGUUGAUAUUAGAAUGCAAGAAGAACCAUAAAGGGUCUAAAACUUUUAAAGUAAGAAAAGUUUGAUUCAACAAAAUCAUUUUAUUUAAUUAAUUUUCGUAUUUCCAGAUAGGUCUAGUAUAACGUAUUUAAUGAUAAAAGUUGCAUAGGAGUACAUAGCCGUUAAAGUUGUUAUAGGCCGAGUGAUUAUUAGCUUUUGCAAUUGUUCAUUUAAGUCCCAAUAGGUUUAAAGUAGAAGUUUGUUUUAUUUCGCAUUAGGCCACUAAUGUUCUGGUAAUUGGACACAUUUGGUCUGGAUAGUUGUUUCUUCGUCUGAAAUAGGCCAGUUGUCGCGGUGGUCCUUGGAAUUGUUGGGGGUAUAUACCAUUAACCAUGUGUUUGAUAUGCUAUAUUCUAAUAAUUAUCAUGGUUAAAAGUCUAUGUGGGAGAUUGUUGGGAUAUAUGCUAUUAACCAUGUAUUUGGAUAUAGUAGUAUUUAUUAUAGAAAAAUUAUUUAUUCAAUUUUUAAUAAAAAUUUAAAUAGAGCAUAUAUUCGUAUGUGUGUCCUUCACUUAUAUAGUAGAUGAUUUAAUGUAUAGAGUUUAUCUUAUACAAGAAAGAUUAAAUCAUUAGUUCUUAUAAGUAUAAAGUUUAUAUUCACAAUAUAAGAUGGAAAUUGGAGAAAGCCAUCGGUAUGAUUGUAGCACAAAAUUAAAUAUAAUUCAUCUUCAUUAUGGGAACGGUAUAGUUCCGACUUCUUGUUCUAGUACAUUUUGUAUGUAUUGAAUGAACCAAGUAGAGAUGAGUGUUUUUGUACUGAAUAUAUAAAACAACUUCUCUAGUUCAUUAAAUGUAUUUAUACUCUUAAUCUUGAUAUAAUUAUUAUGAUCAAUGUGAUUUAUUCAUUAUUUUGACUUAUCAAGAGGUACGACUCUAUUGUGAGUCAAUGUAUACUGAUAGGUUGGAUAUUAACAAUUAGCAUUUGUGAAAUAAUAAUUAGUUGAUAGAAUUCAUGUCUCGGCUUUGAAAUUAAUGAUACCCCCUUAUAGAUGCUUA